AUGGGGUCUUCCCGAUUGACAAUGAGGUCGGCCCUCGGGCUUCUUUUCCUCCUUUUUGUGCAAAUCUCUUCCGCCCUCAAGUUCGAUAUUGUCGCUGGAAAGGGUGAGAGAUGUAUACGCAACUUCGUGCUCAAGGAUCAGCUUGUCGUCGUGACGGCUAUUGUGAGCGGCGAGAGGGGCGAUGGACAGAUGGUCAACAUGCAUAUCAAGGAUGCAAUGGGCAAUGAUCAUGGACGGCCAAAGGAUGUUGUUGGCGAGACUCGCCAGGCUUUCACGUCUGCUGGAGACACCACCUUUGACGUCUGCUUCGACAACACGCUGGUUUCCCGCCGGGCUGUUGCGAACCCCCACAGAGCAAUCGAGCUUGACGUUGAUAUCGGUGCCGAUGCUCGUGACUGGUCAAGCAUCCAGGCUCAAGAGAAGCUUAAGCCGAUCGAAACUGACCUCCGCCGUAUCGAAGAAAUCGUGGCUGAAGUUGUCAACGACAUGGAAUACCUCCGUGCCCGUGAGCAUAAGCUCCGGGACACCAACGAGAGCACCAACGAGCGUGUGAAGUGGUUCGCGUUCGGCACAAUGGGCAUGCUCAUUGGACUUGGUGUCUGGCAGGUUAUCUACCUGAGGGCAUACUUCCGGUCCAAGCAUCUCAUUUAA